AUGCGGGAACUGGCCCAGCUCCUGGAUCCGUCUGCCCAGGACAUGGUGCCGGGGACCAGAGGAGCACAUGUCUUGCUCCCUGAACAGGGAGCGGUGCUGAGGCAUUUGCACAGCCGGGAGAAGUGUCGCUCUUUCGGGCUGUCUGGACUCGAGAAUGUCGUCCGUCUGCAGCCUGCUCUGCCAAAGCCACAUUUCGGAUUUGAAGAUUUCGACCGGAUAACAAGUUCUUGCGAUGGUGUUGAAAAGGUGUAUAUGGGAGAUCUUCAGUUUAAAAAUAAAUCUUAG